GCUCCCCAGGUGUGCCACAGGCUGGAGCAACUCCCAGACCAUGGGUGAUGAGCAGAAGGAUUCCCCCAGCACCCCACACCCCCGGGGGCUGCUCUCCGUCAUCCAGAAGCUGAAGGGUUCCCCGGAGCAGGAGCUCCGCAUCGUCCUGCUGGGGCUGGACAACGCGGGGAAGACCACACUGCUGAAACGCCUGGCUUCUGAGGAGAUCAGCACCAUCACACCCACCCAGGGCUUCAACAUAAAGAGUGUCCACUCGCAUGGCUUCAAGCUGAACGUCUGGGAUAUAGGGGGGCAGCGCUCCAUCCGCCCAUACUGGAGGAAGUACCUGGGCAGCACUGACCUGCUGAUUUAUGUGAUUGACAGUGCAGACCAGAAGCGCUUUGAGGAGACUGGGCAGGAGCUGGCAGAGCUCACCGAGGAUGAGUCCCUCGUGGGGGUGCCACUGUUGGUGUUUGCCAACAAGCAGGAUUUAGUGACUGCAGCACCUGCAGCUGAGAUUGCAGAAGGGCUGAGCCUCCACACCUACCGGGACCGGGAAUGGCAGAUCCAGGCCUGCUCAGCCUUGUCUGGGGAAGGAGUGCAGGAUGGGAUGAACUGGAUUUCCAGCCAGAUCAUGAACAGGAAGAAGUGAGAGCUGCAAUGUGUCAGUCUGGACUGAGCUGCAGGUUCCUAAGCCAUGGCCAACCCCUCUGGUCUGUAGAUUCCUCUCAAGGACUUGGCUGGGCCCUGAGCUUGACUGCUGUGCUCUUCCCACUCAGUCCUUCACAAGUCAGUCAGCUUCCCCUGUCCCUGUCCCCCUGUUCUUCCAUGGCCUCCUCGUAUGCCCCAACUCUCCUGCAGCCCUUGUGCUGUCAGAGGGAAGCAAGUGUCCCGUUGUAUCAAGGACUUGCACAUCUUCAGAACAACCCACCAAGGACUGAUUGAUCCACACUGCUGGCACACCCUGCUGAGGCUGCUGCAAGGCACGAACUGCCCAGAUCAGGCUGGGAACCCCAGCACAGCACAGGCUACACCCUCAGACGUGGCACACACAGUAAAACGAAUGGUGAGCAUUCCUCUCUGCUCCCAUAGGAUGGGACUGGUUCUGCCCCAGGAAGGCCUCGGUUCAGCAUCCUUUGCUGGCCAGAGGAGCUCCCACGUGUGCACAGGACCUGGGACA